UGGAACUCUGGACUUAUUUAUAACUGUGAUUUUUAUUUAAAGAAUUUUUGGAAAAAAAAAAAAAUAACGCGAUAUGAAUGCAGCAUCUAUCUACAUGUAAUAAUCAUAAGAUUGAGCGUAGUUGCACGACCCGACUAAAUCUGCCUUGCUCUAUUCGGAUACGUUCAGCCGCACGACACCAUUUGCACCUGAGGCUGACUGCUCAAUCAAAUAAAUAUCGCAUUCCCCUCCUUUCUAUGUUACCGACUAACAUGACGUGCGAUACCACGCACAAUCUGUCGCUAAGAAGAGAAAGAAAGAAGGAAAAAUUAAUUGUGUGACAAUGGGAGACGCAUCAGUCCUGAAGAAUCCAUUUGAGGAUCUCACUGCGGAAUUGGGCGACCUAAGUCUACAUCAAGAAGAGCAGGGCUCGUCUGUACACGCUGCGAAUACUGAAGAAGAUGACGAUGGUCCGCGACCGCCUAAUUUAAUCCGACAGACUGGAGAUCCGCUGGAGGUCCUCGCAGUAUGUCCCAGAGACAGGGAAGUCAACUACUCGCUCAAGUGGUACUACCUACCGGAUGCAUUCGAAGAUACGGCAGACUACUUGAUAUGCACCAGAUGUCACGCCGAUCACAUCAAAGGAACAUCCCUCGAAGUCCAAUUUAAGCAAAUAGAGUGGCCAAAUGGCGACAUUGCCGUCUGCCGAUUUUGGCUUCCGCGCGUGAAGGACGUUCUUUGGCCCGAAGCCAUUCAAACAAACAACGUGAAUGCACUACGUGAAUACAUGACCAAGCGCUUACAGAUUAAGUCUUGUCCGGGGCAAGAAAUCACCGAAGACGUUGAAGACAGGACAGUCUAUGGCCUGAUGGACAAUGAAAUCGCGGGCUUUGCCGCAUGUGAAGCCUGUUACGAGGAUUACGUAGUUGGAACCGGCUUUGAGUCCAAUUUCGGGACUUAUUCUGAAAUAGCUCCAAGAUGGAACUGUGAUCUGAGCAUCCCAUACAUUUUGGAAUUAGUUGCUCCAAUGGCCAAGCAUACUAACUGGAAUGGCUUUAUAAAUGGCGCAAUUCGACGGCUUCAGCUUCCGGCGUGCAUAGGCGAGCAGACACGCUCUGAUGCUAUUGUGUGGUACUUGCCAAAAGACUACGACAUUGAAAGCUUUCAAGUCUGCGAGACGUGUUACCUAGAUAAACUAGCAUUGACCUCCUUCAAGAGGGACUUUCAGCGUUUCUCUGAUGAUCUGGAUCCAGAGCUGUGGUGCUGUGGGUUGGCGGAUCGAAACAUCUCAACAACAAUAGCACUAGAUGCGGCUCUCGUUAUUAGAAGGGACUUUGAGACGUUUGCAAAGGCUAAGCAAACAAUUUGCAGUCUCGUGCCUUGCACAGCAGACGGCAUCGUCUACGGCAACUGGUGGACCCUGGAGGGAUACGACGACAAGUUCAACAUAUGCGAGGCAUGUUUCGCCGGAGUUGUCCAAAUAAGAGCCUUGGAUCACUUCUUCCAGCUGUCGGAGCGCGAUUCUUCCAAUGCCUACGUGUGUGACUUUUGCUUUGCGAGCCCACGCUUUGGUCAGUACAUUACCAAGUUUGCGGAGAUGCUUGACCGCGGAGUCUUUGACUAUUUCUCGGAGUUCGUUAUGACUUUUGCUGGCGUGCCUGCUUGUCCCAAGGUCAAGGGUUACGGCAAAUCCAGGUGGUGGGGAUAUCCAGAGGCACAAUUCUGUCAAGAAUGCUAUCUCGAUUUUGUGGCCCAUACGCCGUUGGCGAACUCACUGCCUCUGAACGGGGAAUACAUAGAAGAGAUAAAGCUCUGCCAUGUAUGGUCACCGCGGAUGCGUAGUCUAUGGCUCGAAGUUUGCGAGGCAGGCGAGCCAGGAUCCGAAGAAUCGGACGCAGCCCUGGAAGAGUUCAAGAAGUUUUGCGUGCAGAGACUUCGAAUAUAUCAUGCAACGAUUUCGGAGAUUGAAGUCAUAAAAGCUCUGCAAAAUAUAAAGAAACAAAACGCCUUCAAUCAUAGCCUACUUAGCAUUCAGUAUCAAGGUAUGGAUGGAAUGGCGUCUAUCUUAGGGAACACAGACGGAUACAGAUAUGGCAGUAAUAGCCUUGGGUGGUUCGAUACGAGAUAUGGAGCUCAGUCGAAGCAGCAUUGGAAUAGUUUUAUGAGCGAUCUGUCAGCUUCAAAUCAGACAGAUGAUUGGAUGCGUAUCGCACAGCUAGGGGCGCUUUGGAAGAAGGUGGAAUAGCUCGUCCUAUGGCCCUCUAAUGGCUAAAGGACUUGCGUAUUUUUCAACUAUGUUUCUCUUACUACGCAUAUUACUUGAACGAUGUAAAUGAAUAUUGAUUGACGUUUUGAGCUCCUCACAUGUCUAAUGGCAUUCUAUUUUUCCAAUGAUAUGGAGAAGGAGAUGAGACGUAUAAGCAGGGGAGAAUCUCAGUCUGAGAGGUGGACGCCAAAUCCUGUUGGAAUAAUGCAAGUUGUAGCUAGGUAUUGGAUCAGAGGCGUAAGAUCACCAAAUGAUACUUUAUUCGUAUAUAUAUGGAUGUCC